AACCUGCAGAAGAACUGGCUUCGGGAGUUUUACCAGGUCGUGCACACGCAUAAGCCGCACUUCAUGGCCUUGCACUGUCAGGAGUUUGGAGGGAAGAACUACGAGGCCUCCAUGUCCCACGUGGACAAGUUUGUCAAAGAACUGUUAUCAAGUGAUGCAAUGAAAGAAUAUAACAGGGCUCGAGUCUACUUGGAUGAAAACUACAAAUCCCAGGAGCAUUUUACAGCACUAGGAAGCUUUUAUUUUCUUCAUGAAUCCUUAAAAAAUAUCUACCAAUUUGACUUUAAAGCUAAGAAGUAUAAAAAAGUUACUGGCAAAGAGAUUUAUUCAGACACGUUAGAGAGUACGCCCAUGCUGGAAAAGGAGAAGUUCCCACAGGACUAUUUCCCUGAGUGCAAAUGGUCGAGAAAAGGCUUCAUCCGGACAAGAUGGUGCAUUGCUGAUUGUGCCUUCGACUUGGUGAACAUCCAUCUUUUCCAUGAUGCUUCCAACCUAGUUGCUUGGGAAACGAGCCCUUCAGUGUACUCGGGCAUCCGACACAAAGCCCUGGGCUAUGUGCUUGACAGAAUCAUUGAUCAGCGGUUUGAGAAGGUUUCCUACUUUGUCUUUGGAGAUUUCAACUUCCGACUGGAUUCCAAGUCUGUUGUAGAGACACUCUGCACAAAAGCCACGAUGCAGACAGUCCGAGCUGCCGACACCAAUGAGGUCGUGAAGUUGAUAUUUCGUGAGUCAGACAAUGACCGGAAGGUUAUGCUCCAGUUAGAAAAGAAACUCUUUGACUACUUCAACCAGGAAGUUUUCAGAGACAACAAUGGCACCGCGCUCUUGGAAUUUGACAAAGAGUUGUCUGUCUUUAAGGACAGACUUUAUGAACUGGACAUCUCAUUCCCUCCCAGCUACCCAUACAGCGAGGACUCCAGCCAAGGCGAGCAGUACAUGAACACCCGGUGCCCUGCAUGGUGCGACCGCAUCCUCAUGUCCCCGUCUGCCAAGGAGCUGGUGCUGAGGUCGGAGAGCGAGGAAAAGGUUGUCACCUACGACCACAUCGGGCCCAACGUCUGCAUGGGAGACCACAAGCCCGUGUUCCUGGCCUUCCGAAUGACGCCUGGGGCAGGUAAACCUCAUGCACAUGUGCACAAGUGUUGUGUCGUGCAGUGACGUGGUGGAAAGAGAUGCCAGCGAAACGAGAGGAUCCUUCGAGAGACCUCCCUGUAGCAGUAUACUGAAAUACGUACUCUUAACAGCUGCAUCGAAAAACCCACCCGAGCGCCACCUGCUAGAUGGCCGGCCCCACACUUCGCUUCAGCCUCCGGACCAUUCCGGAAAAGCCUCACAUACCUCACUGUCUUGUCUGUUCAUGUGACAUUAAGUAGAAUAUUGGGGUUUUUUAAAAACAAGUCACAGUCCUGUUGCCAAAACUCUAAUAGACAGCAAAGAGAUUCUGUAUUUUAGAUUUCACAGUUUUCAAUUUUUAAUGAUUGUCAGUGGAGGGGCUUCUUCAGCAUUGAAAACCCAGAGGUGUCAAACAUCCCUCUCUGCUUGUUGGAGGUGUGCCCAGAGGGUUGGGGAAACUGAGCUAGGAGCUCCGUUUGCUGACCCGGGCAGUGUGAAUACUGCUGGCACAGUGAGGGCCAUCGUUCGUUUUCACUUCUGAUGGCUCCCCUCCCUUUCGUGUUAUUUACUCUGCUGCCAUGUUACAUGGUUUUUGAAUCACACUGCAGCUGCUUUCCAUUUUUAUAUAUAUAAAUAUAUAUAAAUAUAUACUUUUUAAAAAUAAUUUAUAAAUCGUACCAAAACUUAUGCUAAAUAUACUUUCCAGUAUGAAUGCACGAGAGUGUCAUAUCAGCAAGUAGAAUUGGAGUCUAGGAGUUUAGUUAUGUGUACGUCAACACAGAUUUAUAAAACAAAGACGACCUAGCAGUGCCAUCAUGGGUAGGACUCGACCCUACAGUACAUCUAUACUAGCAGUUUGUUACUCCUAUGCCUUUUUUUCUGUGUAAUAUUAAGAACUGAAUGUGAAGUUUAUAGCUAGCCUGGGUGUACCUUUUAAGAAUUUUGUAAACCGUUUUGUCUGUCUUUUGUUACCGUUUUAUGGUGCCAAGUAUUCUACAUUAAAACAAUAAUAUCAUGGGAGAAAUAGAAAUAGCCUAGUCUGCUUCCGAUAGAAAAUGCUUUUAACAUGGGCUGUAUAUAAAAUUAUUCAAGAGAAACAAAACCUGUACAUUUCUUUGGUUGCUCUGCUACAAACAACUAUGUAAUAACCUUGUUGCAAAUAUUUUUCUCCUAGCACUAAGUACAGCAUUAAAAGGUGAUUAGAGAGUCUGUUGAUGAAACACAAAUGUACGUUUUAUUGAUUUACUUUAGAACACUACAGAGUUCCUGGACUGGGUGAAGGCAUUAGAUCGAUGUUUGUUUUUUUAUAUAAAUCACUACCAUUGCAAGUGAUUUGGCGUCCGCUUACAGAAUCUGUGUUCUUGACAAUACCAUCGGGGUCUGUGCAAGUGCUGUGGUCACUCUGCUCUGUCUACAUGGCACCUCGCAGUUCCACCCCAGGGUGAUUCUGUUUAUCGGGGUUUCAGCUGUUGGUCAUUCUGAAGGUCUUUAGAAGUGACUGCUCCGGUUCCUAAGCAAUAAAAUUGAUCAAGGUGAAAAUA